AUGAUUAGAUAUAUUGCCAAGCGGCAUGUAUCGAUUAAGACCUUAUAUGACUCAGUGCCCAAAGAUGGCCAGAAAUUAGAUAUGGUCAACGGAUGGGUGAGAUCGGUGAGACUGAUGAAGAAAGUUGCGUUUGUAGACUUAUAUGACGGCUCAUCAAAUAAGGAUGUCAAAAUUGUGAUCAAGAAUCCACAAGAAUCUUCUUUGGUUAGGCACCUUAAAACAGGUCAAUGUAUAUCAGUCGAUUCACCGUUGCUGAAAAUCACUCAAGGGUCUAGGAUUCAACCAUUUGAACUGUUGGUUGAGGACUCUGUUAAGGAUCUGAAGCUAUUGGGUGAUGUAGAGACCAACUAUCCACUACAAAAGAAAAGCCACUCACUUGAGUUUCUCAGGACGUUACCAACUUUAAAACAUAGGUCACUAUUCUAUGGUUCAAUACUAAGAUUUCGAUCGCAUAUGGAAGAAUAUGCUAUUAACUUCUUCAACAAACAGGAGAACUUCUUGAAAGUUAGUCCACCAAUUUUUACCACAAAUGACUGUGAAGGUGCAGGUGAACAGUUUGAAGUGAAAUCUAGUGUCUUGGAGAAUAAAAAGGCUUUCUUAACAGUAUCUACGCAAUUACACCUUGAAAUAUUAUCGAUGGCAAUUGCAAAUUGUUGGACUUUAUCACCAUGCUUCAGAGCAGAAAAGAGUGCUACCCCAAGACAUUUGAUGGAGUUCUGGAUGCUGGAAGCAGAGAUGAGCUUCAUUGACAACUUAGACCAGCUUUUAGAUUUCACAAGAAACUUUUUACAAAGUAUGGUUACUCAGUGCUACGAGAAUAGAGAGGAUUUAUUGCCGGACAAUAUAUCAACCCUCAUAAAUAAAGAAAAGAUACUUGAAAGAUGGCAAAUGCUAAGGAAUUCUGAAAAUUGGAAAAGGAUCACAUAUACAGACGCUAUACAAAUUCUUAAAGAGAAGCAUUCACAGGAGCCCUUCCCUAGAUACAAGCCUAAAUGGGGGGAAGCGUUACAAACUGAACAUGAAAAAUGGCUAGCUGAGAAAUAUUUCCAGAGUCCAGUUUUUGUUACUGAUUACCCAAUGGACUGUAAAGCAUUUUACAUGAAGUCAAACGAAGACGGUAAGACUGUGGCAUGCUUUGACCUUCUUGUCCCCGAAAUGGGAGAAAUCAUUGGAGGAAGUAUGAGGGAGGAUAACUACGAGUCCCUACAAUAUCAGAUCAAAAAAAGAGGCAUGAAUAAUACAGGUGAAUUGGAUUGGUACGUUAACUUACGUAAACAAGGUGUGGCACCACACGGCGGCUUUGGCCUCGGAUUUGAGAGAUUUAUUUCUUACUUGCUGGGCAUUCAGAAUAUUAAGGAUACCAUUCCAUUCCCUAGAAGUGCCAGUUCAUCUAUAGACCUGUAA